AAUCUAUGGCUAAAGAUGUGGCAAGUAACAACAAUGUUGAUAUAUAAAAUUGACAAAGAUCUUUAAAAGCUCAAUUUAAUAACGGGAUCAUUUCUUUGGUAGUUUGUUGAAAAGGUACCACACACUGAUGUACUAUUUACAUCUGAUAACGAAUAUCUCAUGGACUUGGAAUAUAAAUCUGUGGAGGAAUUACUGUGAAUUAUUUCCUCUGAGCUGUGAUUGUUACCACUAUUUUAUUUGCUAUUUGAAAUCUGUACAGGAUGAUUUUGCAUCCUAGUUAAACUUGAACAAAAUUGCAAAAGAGUUUGCAGCUUCUUCAGAUAUUGACAGGUAUCACAGGUGAUGGAAAUAUAGCAGCAAAAAUAUUUGAUAAGAAUGAAAAGUAGAAAAACAGUAUUUUGUGACUUAUUGACACUAUUGAGAGAAGAAAACAAUGGAAGUUGAAUUCUUUGAGAACAGGAUUAAAUAUAAAACACAGUCUGAAGCAAUUAAUUUUCCUGAUGAUAUAAUGAAAAAGGAAGGAAAAAUUUCAUACCACUGUGAUAUUUGUAACAAGUCGUUCUCUCAAAUAAAGAACUUAACUAGACACAAAUACAUUCAUACAGGAAAGAAACCAUAUCACUGUGAUAUCUGUGGUAUAUCAUUCUCUGAAAAAGGUAAUCUCACUAUUCACAAGCGUAUUCAUACAGGAGAAAAACCAUAUCAGUGUGAUAUCUGUGGUAAAUCUUUCUCUCAAGUGAAUCAUUUAACUAAUCACAAACGUAUUCAUACAGGAGAGAAACCAUAUAACUGUGAUAUCUGUGAUAAAGCAUUCUCUCAUGGUAUUACCUUAACUACUCACAAGCGCAUUCAUACAGGAGAGAAGUCGUACCAGUGUGAUAUCUGUGGUAAAGCAUUCUCUGAAAAUUGUCACUUAAUUAAACACAAACGUACUCAUACAGGAGAGAAACCAUAUCACUGUGAUAUUUGUAGCAAAUUAUUCUCCCAGACUGGUCACUUAACUACUCACAAGCGCGUUCAUACAGGAGAGAAGCCAUAUCACUGUGAUAUCUGUGGUAAAUCUUUUUCUCAAAAUGAUCACUUAACUAAUCACAAACGUAUUCAUACAGGAGAGAAGCCAUAUCACUGUAAUAUCUGUGGUAAAUCAUUCUCUGAAAUAGGCCACUUAACAUCUCACAAACGUAGUCAUACAGGAGAGAAACCGCACCACUGUGAUACCUGUGGUAAAUCAUUCUCUGAAAUAAGUCACUUAACUACUCAUAAGCGUAUCCAUACAGGAGAGAAACCAUAUCACUGUGAUAUCUGUGGUAAAUCAUUCUCUAGAAGUAGUAAUUUGAAUACACACAAACGUAUUCAUACUGGGGAGAAACCAUAUCACUGUGAUAUCUGUGGUACAUCAUUCUCUGAAAAAGGCCACUUAAAUACUCACAAACGUAUUCAUACAGGAGAGAAACCAUAUCACUGUCAUUUUUGUGAUAAGUCAUUCACACAUGGAAAUACUUUAACUAUACACAAGCGUAUUCAUACAGGAGAAAAACCAUAUCACUGUGAUAUCUGUAAUAGAUCAUUUUCCCAUAAAAGUCACCUAACUAAACAUGUAUGUAUUCAGAAGAGCAACUGUAUUGGUGUCAGUUAAAUUACAAAUAAAAAAAAAAAAACGGUAUAUUCUGAACAUCCAUCACACAAAAUAUCUGUCUUGUUAACUAUGAAGUCUAGAUUCUUGAACUCUGAACCUCAUCACGGUGAAUAUUCUUAAUAAGCUGAAAUUGAAAUAAAGCCUUUUUAAUAUUGAA